AGCUGUUACAUUAUGAAAAAGGAAUUCAGUUCAUUUUAUGAAACCACUUAACCUUAAAUUUGAAGAAGAUACUACAAAAAUGUAAAUUAUAGACCAUUUUCACUUAAGAAUACACAUGCCAAAAUUCUAGAAACAUUCUGAAUAGAGCAUUCAUAAAUUGAAUUGAGCAUUUAAAAAAGUAAUUUGUAGACAUGGUAAAAAACUCAAACAAAAGCUGUCUUCAACAAAAGGUGAAAAAUAAUUCUCCCUCUUAUCCUGUGCCUGUCUCCUUCAUUUUCUAUGCACUCUUCCAGAGAUCGUGUAUGCAUAUCUGUGUAUCUCAAUAUAAGAACCCCUUUUCUUUUUUAUUUCUUUUUUAUAUAUUACAGCACAUUUUGGUCUUUUUCAUGAUCAUUCCAUUUCACUAUGUAUUUGGUCACCCCAGGUUUUCUCAUUUUGGCACUCUUGACAUUUUAGGCUGGAUAAUGCUAUGUUAUAGAGGGCUUCCAUGUGCAUUGGAUGAUAUUUAACAACAUUGCUGACCUCUGCCCUCUUGAUGUCAGCACCCCCAUUCAACCUCGUCAUGAAAAUGAAAAAUUUCUACAGACAUUGCCAAAUGUUCCCUGGAGGACAAAAUCACCUAAGGAAUUGUUGACCUUCAGGGACGUGUUUCUGGACUUCACCUUGGAGGAGUGGCAGCAGCUGGACUCUACUCAGAAGAACCUCUACAGGGAUGUCAUGCUGGAGAACUACAGCCACCUGGUCUCUGUGGGAUACCUGGUGGCCAAACCGGAUGUGAUCUUCAGGUUGGGACAAGAAGAGGCCAGGAGGGCAGAUGGAGAACCCACAAUGUGGAGCUGUCCAGAAUUCUGGAAAGUUGGUGACCAGAAUGAUAACCACAAGGAAAGCCAAGAUAAACCUCUGUGGCAAGCUGCAUUUAUAGACAAGGAAACACUGAAAGAUGAAAGUGGCCAAGAAUUCAAAACAUGCAGAAAAAUUAUUUAUCUCAGCACAGACUUUGUUUCUAUAAGACAAAGAUUCCCUAAAUAUUAUUCAUGGGAAAGAUGUUCAAAACAUAAUUUAAAGUUUCUUAGUAAAAAUAGAAGCUAUGUAAGAAAGAAAGAUGAUAAAUGUCAGACAUAUUGGAAAUUAUGCUUUCAUUCUAAUCUUGAUAAAACUCAACCAGGAGAGAAAUUCUUUGAACCUAAUCAGCAUGUAAAAACCUUCCACCCUAAGCAAGCCCUUAAUAAAAGUCAGAUAAUUCAAACUGGGGAGAAAGUCUAUGAAUGUUCUGACUGUGGAAAAGUUUUUAUCCAGAAAGCAAAUCUUGUUGUACAUCAGAGAACUCACACUGGAGAGAAACCUUAUGAAUGUUGUGAGUGUGCAAAAGCUUUCAGCCAGAAGUCAACCCUCAUUGCACACCAGAGAACUCAUACAGGGGAGAAGCCCUAUGAAUGCAGUGAAUGCGGGAAAACCUUUAUCCAGAAGUCAACUCUGAUUAAACAUCAGCGAACUCAUACAGGAGAGAAACCAUUUGUAUGCGGUGAAUGUGCAAAAGCUUUUAAGAGUUCGUAUCAUCUUAUUAGACAUGAAAAAACACACAUUAGACAAGCAUUUUAUGAAGGUAUCAAAUGUGGAAAGCCCAGGCUGAUGCAUCAAAGGAUGCAUAGGGUUGAGAAACCUGAGUGCAGUAAACAUGGGAAACCCUUUGAUGAGAAGCGCACUCCCAUUAAACGUCACAGAAUGCAUACAAAAGACAAAUCUUAUGAGUGCAGUGAAUGUGGAAAAAGCUUCAAGGGAAAGUCACACCUCUCUGUUCAUCAUAGAAUCCACACAGGAGAGAAACCCUAUGAAUGUAGCAUAUGUGGGAAGACUUUCAGUGGAAAAUCACACCUCUCUGUCCAUCAUAGAACUCAUACAGGAGAGAAACCUUAUGAAUGUAGAAGAUGUGGGAAAGCCUUUGGUGAAAAGUCAACCCUUACUGUACAUCAGAGAACUCAUACAGGAGAAAAACCCUAUAAAUGUGAUGAAUGUGGAAAAGCCUUCAGUGAGAAGUCACCCCUGAUUAAACAUCAGAGAAUUCAUACAGGAGAGAGACCCUAUGAAUGCAGUGACUGUAGGAAAGCGUUCAGUAGGAAGUCAACGCUCAUUAAACAUCAGAGAAUUCACACAGGAGAAAAACCCUAUGAAUGUAGUGAAUGUGGGAAAGCUUUCAGUGUGAAAUCGACUCUCAUUGUACAUCAUAGAACUCAUACAGGAGAGAAACCCUAUGAAUGCAGAGAAUGUGGCAAAGCCUUCAGUGGGAAGUCAACUCUCAUUAAACAUCAGAGAAGUCAUUCAGGAGAUUAAACCUCUUAAUACACUUAAGAGUGGGAUAAUUUUACUAAUAGUUAUACCUCAUUAUAUGUCAAUUCAUCCUGGGAAGUAACCUUAUAAAUGUCAAAAGUGUCAUACACUCUUCACAUAUUAUUUAGUGUUCAUUUAACUUAAUAAAAAAGGCACCAAAGUAUGAUUGAAGAAGCAUAUAAUAGAUGUGAUCAAUUUUUCACCGAGAAUUCUUACCCAUGAGUGACAAAUUGUAUAUUGAAUAACUCAAGUUACAAAACUGUGAGUGUAUUGAUGUGGGAAAGCCUUUAGAGAGGAUUUAAAUGUCAUUCCCUAUCAUUAUUUAUGCUGAGGAAAAACUAAGAAUUUAAUGAGUUUAGAAAACUGUGCUAGAAAUUAUGAGAGAAAUAUGUUCCAUACUCUAUACCAAACAUUUUUUGAAAAAGGUGCAGAGGUUGCAAAUAAGCACUUAGUUAUAACAUUCAGAUAUGUUCACUGUGAAGUAGAGUAUGAUAUUUGUGAAAGAACAGCAUAAUAAAGCAUAAAAUAGUAAUCCUAGCUAGGGCAAACUCCCAGUUUAUUUCUUCAACAAAUAGAAAAGUUGUUCCUUAAAUAGAGUGAGAGAGGAUGAGUUAGCAUGAUCCCCGAAAGGAGCUCAAACGAGAUCUUACACAUAUUAGCAUCUUCAGUGCAGACAUGCAGACCCCUUACAGAAAAGGCAUAUAGUAAGUUUUAACACACCUCAAUUAGGAACAGUGCUUAUAACUUAAUAUUUUGUCUUUUGAGAAAGAAUAAUUAUUAUCUUAUGGUUAUAUUUUAUGGCUCAUUUCAUGAUGCAAUAAAAGAUUUUUAAUUUUCAGUGUAUCGCCCAUAAAAGCAAUAUUAAAGUAGCAAAAAAAUAGAAGAAAAUUGAAUAUCCAAUAAGCAAUCGAUUUAAAAUUAUAUAUAAGAAAAGUGGAAUAGUAUGCACCAAUUAAGAAUUAUCCUUUAUUAUGUUUGAGGAUUUGGGGAAAUGUUCAUGGUAAUCUGCCAAGUGAAAAAACAGACUAUAAAACAAUGUACCACAUGAUUUACAUUGUGAAUAAAUACAUAGAGGAUGGAUAUUCA